UCACCCUCGCAUGACAUAACCACACAACAGACCUUUCUUCGCUGUUUGGCACAGAAGGAACUAGAAAAUCUAGCGUUCACGAAGAACUCUGAUCAACUUGAAGCUAAAAGGUGCGAAAUUUCUGUCUUCAAACCCUAAUUCCAUUGAUUCUAUUGUCUCUUAGAAACCUUAAUCUGUAUUUUUUUAACUGCGAAACCUCUACUUGUUUUUCCCCUUCCAAAUCUGUCGGUGCCUGUUGUUUGAAUGCAAAAGUUGGGUAUAGAAUAGGGGUUUUACUUGUAAAUAGGAAAUCUCCAUUAAUUUGCCCAAAAUUGAAGAGAUAGAAAGUCGAUUGAUUGAUUUUUGAAGAACCCAAUUCCCUGUUUGGUGUUCUGGGAUGGUGAGAUGUGUAAAUUUGACAUUUUCUGAAGGUGAAUUUUUGAUCAGUGGUUGCUUGUAGUAGAUUUGCAUCUCUGUUGGACUAGUGAAUCUUGAAACUGGGUUUUAGCUGUUAAUGGUUUUGCAUUCAUCAGAAGGUGUUCUAGGGUUUUCAAAGCUCUUGAUUUCUUUGAGCUUUGGUUAUUGCUUCUAGUAGUUUGUGUUUGUUUGAAAAGGGUUCUAGAUGGGGAAGCCAUUGUUUUAUGAGAUCUUGGAAAAACCAGCUACAAGUUGUAUUAUUGGAAUUUGUUCUGCAAUUUGGUUCUAUAUACAGAAGAAAAAUAUUGGGUAUUCUCAUGUCGGCUUGAGUUAUGAAACCGCCCUUGAAGGGCAUUAUUGGAGGAUAAUAACAUCGGCAUUUUCCCAUAUAAGUGUCCUUCAUCUUGUUUUCAAUAUGAGUGCACUUUGGAGUCUUGGAGUUGUAGAGAAGCUAGGGUACAUGGGACUAGGGAUGGAGUUUUAUCUUCAGUACACACUAGUCCUGGUAGUGUUAUCAGGUUUGCUAGUCUUGGGGGCUUACCAUGUUUUAAUUAAAAAAUUCAAGCUGGAGUAUUUCCGGAGAGUGACAGCUGUUGGGUAUUCCUGUGUAGUUUUUGGUUGGAUGACCAUUCUUUCAGUGAAGCAACCCUCAUCGAAGUUGGACCUUUUUGGGUUUCUUUCUCUUCCAAUCAGUUUUGCACCAUUUGAAUCACUUAUAUUUACUUCAAUAAUUGUUCCACAGGCAAGUUUUGUGGGCCACUUCUCUGGAAUUAUUGUUGGGUAUGCCAUUGCUUGGGGUUUGAUCCAUGGUGUAAACAAUUAUUGGGCAGUUUCUAUGUUGGGAUGGAUUGUACUUGUGUUUGUGUUGAGUUUGAAGCGGUCUGGUGCAUUUGAUUUCAACUUUCUUGAGGUUGAAUCCGUUACGGAUGCAUCCUUGCCUUCUGUUCGGUUUCUUGCCUCGGGAAAUGGUAGAACCUUGCAGAUGAGUUCACUACCAGCUGUGGGUGCUGAUAUUGUGUAGCUCAUGAUCAAACAAUGAUAUUGCUUGUGGGAAAUGUACUUGACUUGGGCUAAUCCUGUAUUUACCUGUGCAUUUUCUUUCCCAAACCGGUUUGCUGUGCUUGGAACAAAGUGGAUUUGAAUGAAUCAUUGAUGCCAUAUAUCCCAAGAUAGCUAUACAAUCUUUAGUUGCUGCUUUAUCGAUUAAUUAAAUUGUUGGAUCCAUGUCAUUCUUACAUCUGACAGUAUGUAAGGUUGCUACUAGUUAUUAUUGUUCUCCAAUCCUUCAUUUAUUGUGCUAGAGAAGUGUUUUUCCUGAUGUGUAGGAUCUUAUGGUCCUGACAAGUUCAAUGGCAAUUGUUUGUUCCACCGACCUUUCCUAAAUGAAAUGAGAAUUUUGAAUUGGUUUAUUGCAUUAA